AGAUGUCGGCCAGGCCAGCAUAGCUUAAGGGGAUAAGAGGUUUUAGUUUUGUCUUUUUGUUAAUCCGUAAUGUAUUUUCAGUCACUCAUGUUUGCCCAGUUAGCUCCAUCGCCGUCUCCUUCUCCGGCGAACCUAAGCCACUUCGUACACCGUCGUACCUUCCGACACUCCACACUCGCCGUCUCCGCUUCUCCUCCCACUGCAAACUCCUCUCGUCCACCAAUUCAGAUUAUUGGAGGAAAGGAUUCAACUUUAGAUGCUACAAGGAAGAAUGAUUCAACGGGUUUCACGUUAGAGCCAAACGAAGAGGAAAUUGAUUGGAUGAAUCUUGAAUCUGAUAUUCGUCUAUGGACUAGAGCGUUACGUCCUGUUCAGUGGUAUCCAGGACACAUAAUGAAAACUGAAAAGGAACUUAGGGAACAGCUUAAGCUGAUGGAUGUUGUGAUUGAAGUCAGAGAUGCUAGGAUUCCCUUAUCCACAACUCAUCCAAAGAUGGAUGCGUGGCUUGGGAAUAGGAAAAGAAUAUUGGUGUUGAACAGAGAAGAUAUGAUCUCUAAUGAUGAUCGAAAUGAUUGGGCUAGAUACUUUGCAAAGCAAGGAAUAAAAGUCAUUUUCACUAAUGGCAAACUUGGGACGGGAGCUAUGAAGCUAGGUAGGUUAGCAAAAAGUUUAGCUGGUGAUGUAAAUGGAAAGCGGCGAGAGAAGGGUCUUCUCCCUAGAUCAGUUAGAGCUGGGAUCAUUGGGUACCCAAAUGUUGGAAAGUCAUCUUUGAUCAAUCGUCUAUUGAAGCGCAAAAUCUGCGCAGCAGCACCAAGACCAGGUGUAACUAGAGAAAUGAAAUGGGUGAAGCUCGGGGAUGGUCUUGAUCUGUUAGAUUCACCAGGAAUGCUUCCUAUGCGUAUUGAUGAUCAAGCAGCUGCUAUAAAGCUUGCGAUUUGCGAUGACAUUGGAGAGAAAGCUUAUGACUUCACAGAUGUUGCUGGAAUCCUUGUGCAGAUGCUAGCACGGAUUCCAGAAGUAGGCUCGAGGGCGCUUUACAACCGGUACAAGAUUCAGCUUGACGGAGGCUGCGGUAAAAAAUUUGUGAAGACGCUUGGUCUAGACUUGUUUGGUGGAGAUAGUCAUCAAGCUGCAUUUAGAAUACUUUCGGAUUUUCGCAAAGGCAAAUUUGGUUAUAUCUCGUUGGAGAGACCUCCACUGUGAUCAGGACUCUGUGUAUAGAGUUUAAUCCUUAAACUUUAUGAAGUAUAAAUGCCUAAAUAUGAUGCAUGUGUGCAUUUUAGAUUUGCUUAAAUGCUGAAUAUGAAUGGUAUAUAACACUUGUUCCAAAGUCUACUAUGUAUGCAUUGUUUAAUGUAAAAUUAGGAAGUUGCAUAA